GACAAAAUAAUGCAUUAACCAGCAAUGUAACAAUCGAUCAAAAAAUGAGAAGUAGGUGUAAAGACUGAUGGUUCUUUUGAAAAUUAGUGCGCCUUGUUCGUGAUUCAUGGUGUCCUUUUUUUUGGAAAUGAUAUUGAUUUUGUGGUACAUCUUUAGUAGUCUACAGCGUGUGAUUGGUGCAAUCUCUUUGAUUGACAGCCAAAGUAAAUAGCGCUAUUCUCUGGGUUGUUUUGAAAGCUUUGACGGAUUAGAGAGUGACAUCGAAUGACGACUCAUUUAAGCUGCUAUUUUUUUCUAAAAUAGUUCAGUUGGCACCUGCAAGAAGGAGACAAAAUAGCUACAUUUCUUUUAUAUAUUGUGGAAAAAAAACUUCACCUUCGGAGAAGAGCAGGUAGUAAGGGAAAUUUUCUUAUAUGCAACGAAAUUUGCCAGGCCUAACUGCUGUCAAAUUGCACGAUAUUACAGCUUCUGGAAUAAAAAGAAAUCUUCCAGUCUACACAAGCCGGAAUCGAGACUGUACAAAACAAACGUUACGCUCGCAGCAGGAGAACGUAUUUAAAGGAAUAAGUUGAGUUGUCUGCUCAGAGGUGAAUAGUAUUUUGCUAACAACUUCCGAACCAGCCAAUCAGCGCGUGCGAAAAGCAUUGUUCACCUGUGUGGUAUAUACUAACGACGUUUAUGGAAUCUCUGUUUACUUAGCUUGCCUAAAAUUGCUCAUUGUCACCCGAAAAAAAUACCAAACCAGCAUAUCCGGACAGAUAUGAAAAAUCCCUAGCACACUCACUUGAACAGAAUAAGGUUACAAAUCUCAUGCUCUGAGUUUCGCUGACCACGGAUCAAUGGAAAACUCCACAAAUAUUACGAAAGGAACUCCUACUUAUGCUUCUCCAAUCGGGCCGAGCUGGGUUUAUGUUGGAGUUGGAAUAUAUUCUGCUCUCGUGUUUCUCAUUGUUGCGGGAAACUUACUGAUCAUCAUCGCCUUCUUUACCACCACCAAGCUUAAAACUAAAACUAACUACUUCAUAUUCUCCCUGGCUGUGGCGGAUCUGCUGGUUGGGUUAUUUUCUGUUCCUUUAUGGAUAUAUUUCAUUCUCACGUUGGAUUUCAGGAACGCUUUGUAUGAAUAUUACCAAAUGGGUGACAUUGUGUCGGGCGUGUCGUCUAUUCUACACUUGACUUGUAUUAGUAUCGAGCGGUGUUAUGCUAUAGUCGCACCUCUCAAACACAGGAAGAUUAGCAAAGCUAAGAUUUUCGCCGGUAUCGUUUUUUCAUGGCUGCUUGCCAUUUUCAACGCCCUACUAAGGAAGCUCUCCGGCUGGAAAGAUGUCGCCAUAUUCAACACCUUUACUUUCUUCUUCGUUCCGUUGCUGUUGAUAGUGGCUGCUUACAUUGUUAUCUUCUUUGUGGCCAAAAGGAGCCUGAAAGAACACAGUAGACGUUCCUUAAAGAAGGACCUUCAUGUCGCCUAUACUGUUGCCUUAGUAACCGGCGUUUUUGUUAUCUGCUGGCUUCCAUUUUUUUUGGUGAUCUUGAUCUUCAAAUGGUGUUCCACGUGCACAUUCGUAUGGGACAUGCGCGUCCUAAUGGCAGUAAAAGUACUUCACUUUGGCAACUCUGCUAUGAAUCCCAUCAUCUACUCGGUCAGAAAUCGGCGCUUUAACCGCGCUUUCAAAAGGAUUUUGCUGCGUUUGGUCUGCCGUAGACUGGAUACAGCCUACGCUGGCAUUAACAAUUCCACUCAGGCGACUCAGCGCACCCGCCUAACUAUGACAAUGAUGGACAAGUCUGAGAGGUUGUCUCCCCAAAAUGGGACUCGGUCAAAUGAAAUGUGCACGACUAAACUUACAUAACCACAACUGAAGAUGGAAAGUAGCCUCUGUGAAUCAGCUGAGAGAGACAAACCAUAGAUACUGGUAGCGUUACAGAGUUCCUCAGACGAUUACAUCAGUAUAAAAUUCAGACAACAAGAAGACCUCGAAAGCUUAUAUGUCGCAUACUUAUUCAACCGUUCCUUGGAGAAUCGCUGCGUUCGGAAGUUCUAGUUGUUCUAGAAUGUUUUUCAAAAUGAACUGGAUUCAUCUUCAUCUUCUGAAUACCCUUAUUUGUCGUCUUGGCAAUGCGGAAAUGGAUUAUUAGCGUUUUAUGUUUUGAAAGAGAAACAUGACAUGUUUUGGUUUUUGGUUGUUCAAUAUGCCCCACCCUGUCUUCAGGGUUCUGUGUUGUGCCUAGUGGGCUCAGCUAAACCUUUAUCAAAAAGUGGUCUGUUACAUCAUUUUUCAUUGUCGUUACGGCUUUCCUUUUUUGUCUUGGUCUAGUUUUAUUUUAGCUACCCGUUUUCUCUUUUCCACGUAAGGAAAGGGUACGUGAGGCAGGGUUCUAAAUUUGUACAUAGAAAUAUUGAAGUGUGGAAUAAGUUUUGGUUCUGUAUAAUAAAAUAGUUUAAGUAACCACUA